AUGCCGCAGCUGGAACCCACGGGGGGAGACGACCUGGGGGCCCCCGACGAGCUCAUCGCCUUCCAGGACGAGGGCGAGGAGCAGGACAAGGGCGCGGGGCGCGGCUCGGCCCACGGGGACCUGGACGAGCUCAAGUCCUCGCUGGUCAGCGAGACCGAGAACCGGGGGGGCCCCGGCCCCGCGGAGCGGCCCCCGCCGCCCCGGGAAAGUUUCCAGAAGCCGCGGGACUCCCUGGCAGAAGUGGUCAGACGACAGCAAGAUGGGGGCUUCUUUAAGGGCCCCCCCUAUCCCGGCUACCCCUUCCUGAUGCUCCCGGAGCUGGGCAGCCCCUACCUCGCCAACGGAGCCCUGUCCCCCGGCGGAGCCCGCACCUCCAACAAGGUGCCGGUGGUGCAGCACGCCCACCACGUGCACCCGCUGACGCCGCUCAUCACCUACAGCAGCGAGCCCUUCCCGCCGGGGUCCCCGCCCGGCCACCUCGCGCCCGACAUCGACCCCAAGACGGGGAUCCCGCGGCCGCCGCACCCCCCCGAGCUGCCCCCCUACUACCCGCUGUCGCCACCUGGCUCUGGGCUCUCCAGCGUGCUCUCCCCGCAGUGGCACUCGCUGUCUCGGGAGGAACAGGCCAAGUACUACGAGCUGGCGCGGAAGGAGCGGCAGCUGCACUCGCAGCUCUACCCGACCUGGUCGGCGCGGGACAACUACGGCAAGAAGAAGAAGCGGAAGCGCGAGAAGCUGGCGCAGCAGCAGAGCCAGGAGGCGGACGGUGAGUACCCGCGCCGCGCCCGCCCCGGCGCCGCGCCCCGGCGCUCACGCCGCGCCUGUCCCCGCAGGCUCGCGCCCUCCAGGAGCAAGAAGCCGUGCGUGCCCUACCUGCCGGCCGAGAAGCCGUGCGCCAGCCCGGCCUCGUCCCACGGCAGCAUGCUGGACUCGCCGGCCACGCCGUCGGCCGCGCUGGCCUCGCCGGCCGCGCCGGCCGCCACGCACUCGGAGCAGGCCCAGCCGCUGUCUCUCACCACCAAGGCCGAGGCCAGGGCUCAGCUCGCCGUGCACUCCGCCGUCCUCGCCGGCAAGGCGUCCUCCUCCUCGUCGUCCUCGUCCGGGCUCGGCAGCCCGCCCUCGCUGCCCUCCAGAGCCGUGCCCUUCGCCUCGGUGCCGCCUGCGGCGCUGCCGCCCGCCCUGGCCGCGCUGCAGACGCAGCCCCUGUCCCUGGUCACCAAACCUGCUGACUGAGGGACCGGCCUCGCCCCCCGCCCGCCCGCCCCGCUGUACAUUGCAGAAGCCACAAUCAAGAUUCAAACGCAGCCAAAACCAUUAUUGGUCAAUAUUUGACCCUUUCUGAACUCUUUGGAAGCAGACUCUGGAGGAAAGGGCUUUCUGCUCAGAGCUGCUGCCAGCAGUCAACCAUAAAGACUGUUUUUAUUAAAAAAAAAAGGAAAAAAAAAAAGGAAAAAAAAUCAUGGAAUAGACCCUCCAGAAGCUGCCGACGAUGGGGACCUCUGGGAUGAGCCGAGUGCCCGUCGCUGCCGUGGGGCACAGGGAUGAAACCCGCGCCAAACACGGCAGGUGCUGACUGGAGCUGGCGCUCCAUCCCGGAUCCGGGAGCAGGAACGCCUCCAGCUGCUCCCAAAAUCCUGCUCCCGUCCCCAGCUCCGUCCUGGCAGGGCGCGGGUCCUGCCCCGGGGACGCCGCUUCGUCGGUGCUGCUCCUGCCCGCAGUGCUGCUGGGGUGGGCAGGGUCUGGGGCUGAGCCCUGGGAGGGCUUGUGUUUUGAUCACCUCAAAAUCCUGUUAUUUUUCACAAAAGGAAAUAAAACUGCAGCUGCAG